AUGGCAAUGAGUGGAGAAAGUUUUCUCUACGUCGCCAUUGAGCUUGAUGAUGGAAAUAUUGCAUAAAUAUGGGCAAAAUUAAAUGAUAAAAUGUAUCAAAGCUUACCAGCCUUGCACGCGUCCGUAGAAUGUCGGUCAGAAACAGGCGUUCGGUUACUUCUUAAUUGUGGAGUUAAGGUCAACGCAAAAGAUAAUUAUGGUAAUACUCCUCUACAUCUAGCUGUUCAAUUGAGCUACUUAGAUAAAAAUACAAUGCAAUGUAUAAUUAAGCUUCUUUUGGCUAAAGGAGCUAAAGUUAACGAUCGUACAAAUUCCGGUGAAUCUGCUUUUCAUUACGCAAUAAUUAAUGGUGACGAGAAGUUAAUCAAACUUUUUUUGAAACACGGAGCCGAUGUAAAUGCAAAGAAUAGCGACGGAAAAAGUCCGUUGUACCUGGCUGUGCAGUAUAGCAAUAAAAGUGUUGUGAAAAUGAUGUUGGAGAGAGGGGCCGAAAUAAACAACGGGGACAAUAAUGGCAAUUCCCCUCUUCAUGUAGCGAUUGAAGUUGAAGACGAAUCUAUAAUAAAAAUCCUGCUCGAGGACAAUGCGGACGUUAAUUUUAUUAAUAAUAAUGGUAAGACUCCGCUGUCCUUAGCCUUUGAAUUAGCUUAUAUGCGAAGUAUAUAUAAUCCCUGGAUCGGCUUCUUUUCGAUUAAUUUAGAAAUUAAAUGCAGCAAUAAUACUUUUCAAUUGCUAUUGAAGUACGUAGCUAAACUAAGGCACGUGAAUCGAGAAAAUCUCAGAAUAAUAAAUGAUAAUGAGAAAUUGAAUGUAUUUUAUGAAAAUUGUCAACGAGAAUUAGCGCAAAUGAAGAGAAAAAAUUUAUCCGACAAUAUAUCAAUGUACAAAGUUUUAACCAAAGAUAUUGACACGAUGAUGAUUUAUUGCAGAAACGAAUGUUUAAUAAAUAUCUUUAAGUUUAAUUUCCACGCCGAUGAAUUUCCAAUUUAUUAUGAUUUAUUAAGGCAACGAUUUUAUAAAGCAGAAAAAAGAAAAAUUGUAUUAGAAACUUCGUCUAUGAUACUUGGGUAUCUUUUCAAAUCAUUUUCAUUACCAGAAACUAUUAUAAAUGAAAUCGCUCGCUACAUGACAACAGAGGAUUUAUUAAAUUUACAAUAUUGA